AUGCUAAAGAAGCGUCCGGAAGGAUCACAGGGGAAUUGGGCAGAGGAACUACACGAAGUUCUCUGGGCCUACCGAACCACUCCAAAGACGGCAACCCAGGAAACGCCCUAUGCCCUGGUAUACGGGGCAGAGGCAAUAAUCCCAAUCGAAAUGCACGUGAAGACCACGAUCUCUGGAACCACCUCUCAGGAGGAGAACCACGAGUUAAUGUCGCUGAGCCUCGACCUACUCGACGAAAAGAGAGAAGCCGCUCGACUAAGAAAUCAGGCAUAUCAACAAGAAGUAGCCAAAACCUACAACAAGAAACUCAGAACCAGAACCUUUCAGCAAGGAGACUGGGUUCUACGACGACCAGAGAAAACAACUGGAAAACUGUCCCCUGCAUGGGAGGGACCCUACAAGAUAAUAGAGGUACGAGGGGCAGGCGCAUACAGGCUGCAAGAUAUCCAAGGGGCAAACGAGCUGGAUCAGGUCCAAGAGACCUCCGAUCCUGGCCAACCCUCGACAGGGACACGAGGUAUAAUUGCCACUGAGCAAGUGCAAAAUUCCGGGAGCACCUUAAGAAUAUCAUGUUUCUCCAAACGUGGAAAACAGCGUAAGUCUGGCACUUGGGUUUUCACCCACACCAGCACCCUCUAA